AUGAUUUAUAACGGAGCAACAUCAGAUGUUUCUGGCCUCGUUAUACGACCGACAAAUCAGGAAAAAUUUCGUGCCACUAUUGGACAACGAAUAUUAGAAGAAGUAUUAGUUAAAAGUUUAGAAGGAUAUACGUUUGAAUCCAGCAAUGCAGAGCAACUCAGCAAUUCAUUAUCAGCAAUAAUUCGAAAUCGUUUGAAAGAACUUAAUUUACCAAAAUAUAAGUAUAUAAUUCAAGUUAUUUUGGGGGAAGAACAUGGACAAAGAGUUAGGGCACAUGCAGCAUGCAUGUGGGAUAGCGACACCGACUCCGUGGCGCACUACGUUCAUUCAAAUGACCACUUGUUUUGUGAAGCAUCAAUAUUCGCUGUAUUCCACUACUAA